AUGAAACUUUGUCAAAUUUGUUUUACAAAUGAAUCAUUCAUAUCCCCAUGUAAUUGCUAAAAUUGCAUUCCUUGUUUAAUUAACUGGUUUGGUAUUAAAAAUAAUCAAACUUAAAUUGUCAACUUUAAUUGCCCAAAUUAAUAUUGCUCUUAUAUAUAUUCAAGACAGGAACUCUAAAAUAUAUGUAAAUAUCCACUUUAUGAAUUACAACUCUCAGAUAUCUUAUUAAAAGAAUACUUAAAAAAUUAAGAUAUUAGACCAUGUCCUAAUAACAAAUGUAAGAAUUUCGGAUUUAUUGAUUUAAAUUUCAGAUGUGAUUAAUAAUUACAAUGUACAUCUUGUUAUACAAAAUGGUUGGAUUUAUCAAUAUCAUAUUAAGCUAUUCAACUCGAAUAUGGAUUUUCAAAUAUUUAUUUUAAUAUCAAGGAUUUCAUAUAUUGUUUUUUAUUUACCAAUGAAUGUCCUUAAUGUGGAGUUUAAAUUUAAAGAAAUGGAGGUUGUUAACAUAUGACAUGUAAAGCUUGUCAACAUUAAUUUUGUUGGUACUGUAAAUCUAAAUGGAAUGGACACAUGUUAAGACUUUGCAGUUUUUCAUAUACUAUUAAAUUAGGCGUUUUUAUAUACAUCAUAAUGUCAUUCUUAUAAACUAUUGGAUUUUUGAAUUCUGUCUUGUUUUUAUUAUCUUUGCCAUUCAAAUGGUUUCUUUUUAUCAUUUUGGCUAAUUCAAUACCAUUUGGUUUUGUAGUUGGAAUAGUUUAUUUUUGUUAUGGAUUCUCUCACUUGUUUACUUAAAUUUAUAAAAAAGGAACUUUAGAAAUUACUAUAUCAACUGUCUCCCUAUUAAUUUGGCAUCAAUUACACUGUUUCAUUGCUGAAAUUUUUGAACUAUCUAUUUCUAUAUAUAUAGGUGCAGUAAUGUGGGAAGGAAUUAUUGCUGUUGUUAUUGUAUGCUAUUUAUUUAGACAACAAUUAACUUGGAUUGUAUUACCAAUCUCUGCUAUGUCUCUCCUUUAUUAUUUUGGAUUAAAUGGAUUAUGCAUUUUAUGUUGGGGAUUACCAAUUAUGAAAAAGUAAUUUGCAAAAUAAAAAUACAUAUUUUAAUUUGCAGGAUAUGUACUCUUUUUCAUAUUAAAUAUAUUUAAUUUAUAAGAAUAAAUUUCAGAAAAUAAGGUUACUUAUAUUUUUAUUCUGAACUUGAUUUAUAUUAUUUUUGUUGAAAAAUCAAGAUUAAUAGACUAUAUCAGAUUUUGA